UUUUAUAAUAUGAAUAUUAUGUAAAUCUGCAAGAUUAUAAAUAUUUCCCUGAUAUCAGAAAACUCGUUUUGUUAAUGACAUCACUAUUUAUUGAACUGUAACUGUUGUUGAGAGCAAUUGUUUAGAUUAAUGAAGAAUGUCAAAUCAAGAACUAGGAUCUUAUUUGCUGAUGACACAUGGAGAGAUGCAUACAAAUCCCAAGGAAAAACUGCAACUAAUACUGACACAAAACCAAAUUAACUCACACGACUGCAAGAUCACAUUCACAUAUGGAUAUGGAUACAAAACGUUUCUCCACAUAUCAGAAUCUGGUGGUCAUAAAGGUGGCAAUAUUACAAUUCGCUUCUUAGUCCGAGCCCAGAGUGAUGCCCACCUUCUGCUGUCAUCUAGCCCUGCUCCUGUAGAGGGACAGGCAGUGUAUGAAAUAGUCCUAGGAGCAGGGAGGAAUACAUUUUCUGACAUUAGACGCCUACGCCGCAGUUCUACUAAAGCAACAGCACGUACCAGAGAUCUUUUGUCACCUGUGGAACUAAGAGGUUUCUGGGUGCAUUUUAAUGGAAAAGGUAUCUUGCAGGUGGGAAAAGAGGGUGAUGAACUUCCAUUUCUGUUUUGGACUGAUCCAGAUCCAAUAGACAUUCACUACUUCAGCUUCUGCACAUGGACAGGUGUUGUUGGCAAGUGGCUGUACGCCUGCCCAAUUGAAAAAGAUACAGAAAAAGUAGAGAUUGUUGAGCCAAAACCAACCACAAUGACUCAGAAACUUCGCAGGAAUUUGCUGUCUAAUUAUGAUCCCUACUCGCUGCCUGUCCUUCAGGAGGACCAUCAUGUUUCUGUUUUAAUGUACCUGAAUUUUCACCAUGUGAAGCUGGAUGUGAAACGUUCUGUUUUUUCUAUUGAUGGCACAAUACCAAUGCACUGGAUCGAUGACAAAAUACACUGGAAGCCAGAAGACUACGGUGGAUUGACAUCAAUACAUGUGACUGAGCAUGAAGUUUGGAUACCAGAAAUUGUACUUCAUAAUGCUGUUGGUCAUGGAGCUAACAUACUGGGCCAUGCAGGAAUGACAAUAACCUCAGAAGGAGCUAUUAUGUGGUCACCAUCAACUCACCUUCAGGUCUGGUGCAACUUUAACUUGGAUCAAUGGCCUAAUGACAUGCAAACCUGUGAACUCCAUCUGGGGGUUUGGUCUCAGCAGGAUUAUGUAGAGCUUCUAAUUGCACAGAAUGAUUCUGUGAUGGAGGAUGAACAGCGGACAGGAUCAGAGUGGGAAGUGAUAAAAAUGGAAUCAGAGACAGUGAUCUCUCAAACACCAUGGAAGUCAAAUGUGGACACUUCUACAUCAAUGCCUGGCACACUAAUCAUUCGUAUAACAGUACAACGAAAAAGUAAAUCACAAAAUAUUGUUUUGAUGGCACCAUUAAUAGUGUUAAAUGUGCUAAUAACAUUAUCAUUCUGGAUGACACCAACGAACUCUGGGAAAUUUUCCAUUCAAUGUCUGUGCCUGGUGUUGUUAGCAUUUUUCACAUUUCAGAAUAAUGAAUUCUUCUUGGGUUACCGGCCAUUUGUUUUAGUUCUUGCAAGAUGCAUUCCAUUUGAAUUACCUGGAUUUUGUGCUAUUACUUUCACUGGUCAACUUCUGUUCUCAACCACUGGUUACUUUGACAAGUUAAUCACCAUCUUGCCAGAUUAUUUGCCAAGCAUUCCAUUUGAGGUGCUGAUGUACAGCUGGAGUAUGAUAGCAGCCAUGUUGUCAGUUUUGGUGUCUACACUGGUGAUUGGCAUCUCACGUUACGCACAUGCAGCUCCACCUCCAAACUUCCUUUGUACAUUCAUCACUUUUCAAGUCACGCAGAGUUUAUUAUUUUUACCUCAAGUCAAUAUGGAGGGAAGUAAAACCUACAAUCAACUGGAAGAAAAUUUUAAUGAUGUCAAUGAAAGUCACUCAGAUGUAAUUACUCAGACUUCUGCUCCAAAACAUUUGCAGAUACAGCAGUAUUGGAUUAUACUUGCCACAGCUAUUGAUCAUAUUUUAUGUCUGAUUUAUUUGAUUUUCUUUGUGAGCAUUCUUAUCAAGUGAAAUUAAACAACUUUUAAUAGAAGAAGGUAAAACAGUGUGAUAAUGGGGAGGGGGAGGGGAGAUGGGUGGAUCUUCUCAAAUGUACAGAAGAACUGAACUCAAGAUUUCAAUUCUACCACUCACUACAUUUUCAAACUCUAUUACAAUCCAGACAGAAAGUCUGAAAUCAGUGUUAUUUAAAUUACUGUUGCUGUAAGAAUCCUCCUUAAAGAGAAACCAAUUAUGCAAACCUGACAAAGCUACAAUAACUAAGCAAACACUUUCACAAGACCAUGAAAUGAAACUGAUAUGCAGUUGUUUACUUUCUAUGAAUUUUUACAAAGUCAUUCUUAAUGAAGAUUGGUAUUAUUAUAACAAGAUAUCAAUAGCAUGAACCAGUAUGAAUUCAUAUAUUUUGUAGGAUUUGAGGUUCUCAUACCAGUGAGUACAAAUAUGGCUGUCUGCUGGGUUGUAGCACUGUGUAGUCUGGUUAACUUCUGCCAGACUACGUGAUGCUACAGCCCAGAAGACAGCUAUUUUCAUGUAUUUGGUUGUAAUUCAUACAAACCUAUAUUGUACAAUUAAAAUACUGUGACUUUGUGCCCUGUCUUGUUGCUCUUUUAAGGCAUCAUUCAAUAGAAGAGUAUUAAUUUUUUAAUGCAAAACUGAUCUGAACUGUGUACACCCAACCUUAAAAUUCACAACCAACAAGGAAGAUUAACACCAAUGUAAUUCUUUUAUAUUCAACUAACAAAAGAAGUCCCAACAAAUUUAUAGACAGCAGAUAUUGACCAGUGGCAGGCUGUUGUGAAAACAGUAAUGAAUCUUCAGGUUCCACAAAAUGUUGGGAAUUAUUUGAGUGGCUGGGCAACUGUUGACUUCUCAGGAAGGUCUUAGCAACAAAGAGUGAAGAAGUAAGUACAGCAUAUACAGCAAGGGUACAUCUACCAACACUAAAACAGUUCAUAACCCAUAUGAACAUAAUAUAACAAACUUUAAUUUAAUAAAAUGUAUUAAAAUAUAUGCAACCUCUGAAAACAUAACACAGAACAAAACUUCCAUUAACAGGAAUCUAUCAACUGCAAACUCGUAACAUAACCCAAAUAUAGUAAAUGUUAAGAAGUAAAGAAAGCUUAAAAUUAAGCGCUAAAACACCUUGGUCAAGGGUAGCAGUAAGCAUGGCGAUCUACAUUACUUAUGUACGAUUUAUAUGCUUUCUUUAUGUGUGCAAUAAAGUUUUAAUGAAAGUUU